UUACCCUCGAGGGUAUCAAGCAGUUCUACAUUGCCGUCGAGAAGGAGGAGUGGAAGCUCGACACCCUCUCCGACCUGUACGAGACCGUCACCAUCACCCAGGCUGUCAUCUUCUGCAACACCCGCAGAAAGGUCGACUGGCUGACCGACAAGCUCACUGCCCGCGACUUCACCGUCUCUGCCAUGCACGGUGACAUGGACCAGGGCCAGCGUGACCUUAUCAUGAAGGAGUUCCGCUCCGGCUCCUCUCGUGUCCUGAUCGCCACUGACCUGCUGGCCCGUGGUAUCGAUGUCCAGCAGGUCUCCCUGGUCAUCAACUACGAUCUCCCCGCUAACCGGGAGAACUACAUCCACCGUAUCGGUCGUGGUGGUCGUUUCGGCCGAAAGGGUGUUGCCAUCAACUUCGUCACCGCCGACGACGUUCGCAUGAUGCGUGAGAUCGAGCAGUUCUACAGCACUCAAAUCGAGGAGAUGCCCAUGAACGUUGCCGACCUCAUCUAAACACCAUCACUGGAAGUCGAGUCUUUCCCCCACAUCCACUCGACGAUUCAACUACACCUUCCGCGCAUACCGGGGUUCCUUCAGGGCAUAAGUGGUUAGUUGGCAAAUAGAGGGAGAGGGGGCUGCGCUGCCAGACAGAGCUGGCAUCCGCGCAGCUUGAGCGGAGAGGGUACGGAAACAAAAGUAGCUUGAGAUUUUCUUUUUUCCAAAGAGGGAUCGCGAAUUCAUUAAUGCCUUUCAAUUUUUGCGCGGGGACACGUGCUUGGCUGUCCACCGAGAUAUCUGGACUGAUCUGCAUUGGUGAUUUUGUUUGCUUUGCCUUUGUAAAGUUCAUUGCAAGUGAAAUCAACCGUAAAAAACAUGGCCUGACCACAAGGGAAAGCAUUUUCUCUGAUACCACCUGCAUCUCCAGACUAUGAAAAUAAACUAGACACAACCUUGC